AUGGUACGAACCCUAAGUGGUGGUGGUGACGAUUCAACGAACAAAUCGAACCCUAGCUCAACCAGUAGGAACGCCAUUAAUCCGCCAAAGUACGUCAGCAUUCUGCUCAACGAAAUAGUAAUCAUGAACCAACUCACUUGUGAUAAUGUCGUUCGUUACUACGGAUGCUGGGCUGAGGCAGAAAAUAGCAGUCAGUUGGUCUUAGACAAAUCUCGACUGGAAAAAUAUAUUCAACAAAUUCUACAGGAUUCUAGCGCUGUUGCCUCCUCUGGAUCUCCGUUAAGUCAUAUCUUUAUCAAGAUGGAGUUGUGCCACACGACGUUAAAACACUACUUGGAGAAGUGGUCGCAUCGCGGGGAUGAAAUUAGCAUUUUACUACAAAUUGCGGCAGGAUUGUGCUACGUAGACAAUAAGUUGUUUAUCCAUCGAGAUAUCAAACCUGGAAAUAUAUUUUGCAAAAUUGAACCUUCCGGUUGUCUGACAUGGAAACUGGGCGACUUCGGUUUAGCUGUGAAAAUAAGUGAUGAGGGGAAUUCAGGAGUAGCGGGGACAUUCACAUAUCAAAGCCCAGAAAUGAGGAAACAUUUGAAAUACACGGCUAAGACAGAUUUAUUUAGUUUAGGCCUAGUUGCUGUAGAAAUAAUACAUCACGAUAGAGGAAAAUUUAAUAGGUUCGAUAUUUUCACUGAAUUGCAUUGCUAA